CUUUUUGAAUAGAGAGCAUAGUUAAGAUGGACAUGUUUCAAUCAGGCUCAAUACCGAAAAUAGUUAGCCUUAUUCAAAAAAGCUACUUGAUUGUUCAGCAAUAAUCGAAUUGGGAGUCAACAUAAAAUUAAGAAGCAUACGUGAAUAUGGUUGAUUUAGAUAAAUCAGUAAAAGCGAAAGGAAAAAAUAUUAGAAAAUGACAGACAAGAAGUUGAGAAGUACUUAAUAAGGAAUAG